AUGGCUUCUGUUUCGCUUUCUGAGUUUUGCUGGUUCAAAAUUGUUCUUCUUCUAUGCAUAUUUAGCCAAGGAAGGGUUCCAAUGGCGUCUUGUGAGCUUGUGCCUGCAAUGUUUGAUCCUGAAACGAAGCAAGUUAUCUACAAUCCAGGACAAACUCGUACACAGAAAAAAGAUUUGGUCGUGACAAUAGCGCAAGACGUGAAGACGGAAAAAAGCAGUCGAACAAGCAAAUCAGAAAGCUUUGGAUUAAAUCUAGGGUUUCAAAACAGCGGCAUCCCUUCGUUUGGAGUGAAUUAUCAAAAGGUUAAAAUUAACGAGCAGCGAAAGGAAAGCCAUCAUCAGGUGAACAUUGCCAUUAACAUACCAAGUGAUUGUGACGAAGGCUGCAAGAAACACGCUGAUAAAGUAUUUCAGUUGGCAAAUAACGCUCUUUACAGUGAUGCAAAGCGAAAUCGUCUCAACUAA